UUCUAUAAGUAAUACUGUAACUGACACGAGCUGGUACCGGUUUGACUUCGUUCAGGUCUACUGUAAGCAGGGCUUACGAUUUACGAUUUCGUUUAUUUACGUUGUUGUCAGUUUUCUCUGCGAAAAUUGGUCAACAAGAAAAACUUGUUUUCUGAAAUACCGUGAAACAAUGUGUUUCCCUCGAUCUUGUUUUGGGUGGUGUUUCCCUCGAUCUCAAACAAUACGUGCAUAAUUGUACUUUGAAACUUCCGUUCUGCUGAACACAUUGAAUACGAGUUCGACGUUUCUGAGACAUGUGGCAAAGAAAUAGAAUUGUAUCGUGUACUUAUGGUUUUUUCUCACUUGGUGGACGAUUAUUUUCAAGUCUACCAACUAAAAGUAUCAAUGUGAAACCGCGCCGUGAGAUACCGGGCUCCAGCAUGCUCAGAAAUAUGAUUAAAUACAGUGGUCGUCAAAGUUUGGAUAAAUUUCAGGAAGAUAUUCAACAGCUAUUUGACAAAUAUGGUCCUAUAUUCCAAUUCAAUAUGCCUGGUCUGAAAAUGGUUUUUGUUUCGCAUCCCGAGGACAUCGAACAUGUGUUCAGAAAUGAAGAUCAAUUUCCAUUGCGUGGUGUUCAUAGUUCUUUCGCAACAUAUUUUAAAUCAAAGGGAUUGAAGGAGGGUAUAUCUGGAGAUGAUGAUAGUUGGAAACAUCAUCGAUCAUGUACAGCUCCUAAUAUGAUGCUACCACGUCAAAAUCAAGGAUACAUGUCAGGUCUCAACGAAAUUGCUGUUGACAGUGUUUCCACUUUAAAUGAAGGAAGAAAUACAAAUUUACUGCCAUUGUUACAGCUUUGGGCUGCAGAAAGUGUGUUGUAUGUGAUGUUUGGUCAUCGAACAUAUAUCAAUCUUGAAAACUGUGAUGAAGAUGCUUUGGCGCUUAGUAAAGCAGCGUUUAACGCAUUUGAAAGCGAAUCAAAACUGAUCUUCAGUUUCCCAUGGUACAAAUACUUUAAAACUCCUGAACUUCAAAGAUUUUUCAAAGCUUGCGACACUCUCUCGAUCUUUACGCGGAAUUUCAUGAGCAAAGUAAGAAACAAACCAACCGCUUUGCCAGAUGGAUUCGAGAGCGUGUUUCAGAAAAUUUGCAAAGAAAAGAAAUUAUCUGAUGAAGAGAUUAUUCAAGUCACAGCAACAUUACUUACAGGUGGUGUUGAUACAACUUCUACGAUGGUGCUUUCAACUUUGCACAUGUUAUCAAAGCAUCAAAAUUGCCAGGAGAAGUUAUACGCAGAGAUAAGGAACAGUCUGCAAAACGACGAAGUUCCCACGUACGAGCACUUUACCAAAAUGCCAUACCUCAAAGCCACGAUACAUGAAGUAUUUCGUACAAACUUGUUAGUAUUGGGAACAAGUCGCAAGUUAUCUAAAUCGAUUGUUCUAAGUGGGUACGAAGUUCCUCCGGGUACGAUAAUUACUUUGUCGUCGGCGAAACCUAAACAACUUCAUCAGAAGUUAUAUGGUGAUGAUGAAAAAUUUAAACCUGAAAGGUGGUUACGAGAAAACAAAGAUUUUCAUCCAUUUUCACUGCUUCCGUUCGGUUUUGGUCGCCGGAUGUGCGUUGGUCGACGUAUUGCAAUCAUGGAAAUUUCUUUGUUUCUAAUUUGCUUUUUACAAAAAUAUAAAAUAGAAGAAAAUUUAAAACCAGGUGAUCAGUUGGAUUGGAAUUAUGGCAUCGUUCUACGUCCAGAUAAACCAUUCAAUGUAUAUUUAACUAAAAGAUGCCAGUGACCUAUAGUCGGGCUGUUUAUAUAGAUCAGCUUUGGUAAUUUUCUGUCGGCAUUUGUCUAUAAAAACAUCCUAUUUCUAAUGA